CAAGACAUUUUUAGAUUUGAAUUGAGUUCAGCCACACUAUGUCUAGUAAUGUUCAUUCUUCAAGUAACGAAGACGAUGCCAUCGUGAUGAUGCAUGAUAUAGGUAAUAUGACUUCUGUGGUUAGUAAUUAUUUCUUUAGUAUACGCAUAUUAAGUACGUUAUGUCAGUAUACAAAGAGAACAGUGAUGAUCCAACUCUAAAGUACUUUUUCGUGAGUUAUGUCUGUACAUAUGGACGUAAACGCAGUCCGUCGGAGUCAGAUGCUUGCGUUCAGGAUGUAGAUGAUAGUAAUAAUCAUUCUUCUGAAGAGCUUACAACUUCUAACUCGCCAACACAACCUAGGCAAAGGAGACGACGUCGGUCAUCUACGUCGAAAUAUUGCGUUUCAAUGACUACAUACUGCCCUGUGGUCAUAUUUUGUAUGCACAUUCUAAAGACUUAUUUCGACAUAGCAACAAGUGGACAAGAAAAUACAUAAUGGACCUGGUUCUUCGUGCGCUGGACAACAUCUCAAUCUUUACAGGGAGUGAUGAUCUGCUAGAGAAGUUCACCAGCAACUACCAC